CUCAGAAACUUUCUCUUCAACAUCCUACUCCCCAACUCCCAACUCCAUCUACUCCCCGUCUCCAGCUUUAUCAUACGAUAGAAUGUCAAAUUUUGGUGCCCACCGGAUGCCUUCUCUCCGCUCAGCACGUCCCCGGGAAUUGGAGAACGGAUAACUUCCCCGGGCCCUACCUCCAGCGCGGCCAACUCCCUUCACUACCAGGGUUUACCAGCUCUCCGCGAGGCUACGAGAAUGUGAUCAUGGGCCAGUCAAACCUAUACUUAGACUCAAUGCACCGAUACAGAGACACCGAAUCGCCUCCGUGGAUCAACGAAACCAACGUUCUCCAUCAUGUAUGGGUCGGUAACAUGAAGAGUGGGCAGCCGAUCAAGCCGGAAAUCAGGGCGAACAUCCCCAGCAAAAAGUUUUUCCUUGACGGGGAGAAAUGGACAUGCUAUCGCCGCAACUAUCUGGCCGUUACGUGCUCGUUUUCGUUACACCCGUGCAACUCGGGUCCCUUCUGGGUGAAAACCGGGAAUCAUGGCGUCCAACAGAUCCGCAGCUUUGCCAUGUCGCUCUCGGCCACCGUUGACUCGAAACCCGACGAGCCUCGCGAGCUAGUGCAGCACAGUCCGAAACGAGACAAGCAGUCGGAGCGACCCCCUGGAAUACUACCAGUCCAGCCUUGCCCCCCGCCGUUGACUUACGGUCAUAGUCCUGCUGGUGCGAAUGGCAGUCAACAUGGCUACGGGAUGGCAUCGCAAUCAACAGGGCUGUAUGACUAUGGUUCGUCGUCCUACGUCAGUGGUUCACACUCAGGAAAUCCCCCGACGCAGUGCACGUUUGAACGGAUCCAGUUCGCAAAAGCCACGGCCAAUAACGGCAAACGCCGGGCAACCCAGCAGUUCUACAACUUGGCCGUGGACCUCUAUGCCGAAAUCGACCGCCCAAUUGGUGGCAAGCCCGGCGACGAGUUGAUCAAAAUCGCCCGGCGGCUGUCCCACCCGAUGGUGGUCCGCGGCCGGUCCCCUGGCCACUAUAGGGAACACCGGAGGGAUAGCCAGAGCAGCAUGGAUCCGGACGGGAGUGUUGGGGGCUCGGGCGAGAAUGGCGGCAUGCUGCCUCCUGGCUUCCCGGGCCGUUUCCAAAUGAUGGGGUACGAACCUGCCUCAUCAGGACGUUAUGGUCGGACCGAUUACCAUCAGCAUAUCAAACCUGAGCAGUCCCCUCUAAGUGACCAUAGCCCACACGCCUCAUCGUCCUCAUCGACAUGCACCCUCGAUGUGGGAAUCCUCAACGACACCUUGGACCCCAUGGACAUUAAAGCCACCUCGAGCAUGGACUCCUACGACAACUCCUUUGUCAUGGUUGACUUGCCGCAGGAGCGAAAAUCUACCAUGGGCAUCCACGGCACCGAGGGAGGAGACAAUGAAACAACGCUCGCCUUCCGCAACCAACUACCAUCCUUCGAAUACGACACGCUCACUAAGGACGACGUCGGCGUAACAAGUCCCGGCAGCUUCCCGGAUAACGUUGCGUCGAUGGUCGCGAUGAUGCCGAAUGAGACGGCCGAGGGUUCGUUUAUUCGCAAUCCACCACGGGUUCCCUCGCAGCCGGCUAGUAAUGGUGGUGGGUUCAAUGCGUUUGCUGAUAAUUCGUUUGGACGGUUUGAUUCGGUGCAGGGGUCGCAAGAGCUGUGCACUUAGCGUAGCGUUUCUUGCACUUUAAUGUCUAUCUUUCUUUUUUCCUCAUUUCGUUCGGCGGCAUCUUGUCUUUUCGUUUAUUUUUUAUUUUUUAUUUUUUUUAUUCCCCCCAUAUGUCAUGAAAAUUCCCCUGGGUUAUGUUUUUUAGUGAUUGUAUAGUAUUAUUUUUAUUUGCAUUGAGUCCAGAAUGGAUAUGAUUGUUUAAUGUUUACAAUUCUCUCUACCUCG